GAUGGGAGUUGGAGUCAUUAUGUAUUCGCUACUUCCUGCUUUGACGAAGAAGACCGAGAAAUUCCGGCUCUUAACUCAAAAGUAGUUUUCUUGCCGAACCGUUUUACCUCAAAAAGGCAGAAGUGGACACAAAGACAGAAUGUCUUUGAUGGAGCAUGGUGCAGUCCGCCCAGUCACGGCACUGGCGUGGACUUCAAACAGCAGCACAUGCCCCAAAGAUUUCACUCUGAUCAGCAUCACAGAAGACGGAGCAGCAGCAAACUUUACACGCAGCUUUGCGAUGAAAUCUGGAUACUACCUCUGUUACAGCAAGGACUUGAAAGGCGGGAUGGUAGUGUCAGACAUUCAGCUUAUUUCAGACAAGGACUCUAUUCCUCACGGUUAUUGCUUUAUAGCGGAGCACCUUGAAGCGAAGGCCUCAGUUUGGAAGAAGAAGCGUGUGUGUGUACAAGUCGUCCCGGUGGGCAGUGUGGACACAGCUGUGUUGGAUAUCAAAGUGACUGCCAAAAGCAAAAUGAUGCUGCAGCACUACACAUAUGUGGGAGAUGUCCAUGGCUACGUGUUGUGGUGCAGAAAGGGACAUUUCUCCAACCCCAUGCCACAAGCACUGCCCCGCAGUGUGAGCCUGGACCUCCGCAAACUCUCAAUUGACCAGCCGGUCGCUCUCCUGCCUCUCAGACCCAGAAACCCUCCUCCUCCACUGCCAAAUAACAAAUUGAGUCAGAGACGCCACAGCCUCCGCAAGAAAGAUGCUGGGGACCAAUCUGCUGACGGCAGCAUCCCGGUACUCACAGCUCUAGACGGAGUUCCCUUUAGCCUUCACCCAAAGUUUGAUAUCCAGGCAAACAGCACGGCACUUCAACUGAAUUCUCAAUUGAACAACAUUCGUAUAAAGUCUCUCCAAGACAUAAAAAACGAGUACAACUACACUUUUGCCGUGGAGGAAUCUGCCGCCAAGAGGAUCCGACCAUCCGUGCCAGCAGUAGGCGUCCCAUCAGCUCAGUGAUGCUUAAACUUUGACAAAUCAAAAAUAUGCAUGUUUUUGCUCUGUCCAAUUGUGUGAAGUGUGACAUGUCGCAUCGGGCUAUGUUAUUUAUCAUGAAGGUUAAUUAUCAGAUUGUCUAAAGGGGCUUUAUACAUGAGACCGACAAUUAUGCUCCACCGGAGAGCUUGUCUAACUUUGCAUUUGUUUGUAUUUUUCUAUCAUGUCAAGUUUUAAUUAACAUCUUCAAGCAUUCCAAAUUUCUGUUCAAACGGAAAAGCCUUUUUGAAUGGUUUUAUACUUGUACAGAUGUUUGUCUUAAAGUGGCUUUAAACUGAAAAAGGGUUACAUAUGUAAUGUAUACUUCUACUGUUUUGGACCUACUGUAUUAUUGAACAAUGGUGGAAGCAUUUUGCUGCGGAUGUUUAGCUGAACUCACUAGACACUAAAAUAUCUUAAUGUAGGAUUGUGCGUAUGAAGAGUAGCCUCAACUACACGUUUGUUUUAUUUCUUCUAAAAAUAAUAUGUCCUAUUUAAAGGUUAUCGGAGGAAGGUUGUAUAUUUAGCUUUGUGUGUUAGUCAUAUUUAAACAAAAUAUUAUGGAAAACGUUUUUUUUUUUUGUAUCUAUCAGGGUGGAAUAAAGACCAAAUAUUUAUCUUUUCACUGUACAAUAUAUAUAACGUUUUGUUUUUUUAUGAUCUGUAUGUCAAGAUUGCAUGGAAAAAAAUAAAAACUUGAAUGAAA